GCCUCGCGAGAUCUUACCUCGUGCGUUACAGGCGCGCGUUCUUUCCGGGCGCUAUGGGAGGGCUCUGGCGUCCGGCUUGGAGAGGCUUUGCAUUUUGUGGCUGGCGCCGGAGUCCUGCUGGGCGUCCGACCAGCUUUGCCGGGGUAGAGCAGUGUCUCAAGCCAGGGAGGAGUGGGACAGAAGGUGCUGAGAGGGGACUGAGGCAGCUCGGAACAUGGAGGCGCCCAAGCCUGACCCGAGACUUGGUGGUGCAGCCGCCCCGGCGGCCGAAGAGCUCGAACCCUUACACGCGCGCUCAGGAGGAGGAAUGGCGGCGGCGGAACAAGACCGUCCUCACGUACGUGGCCGCGACCGCCGUGGGCAUGCUGGGGGCGUCCUACGCCGCCGUACCCCUGUAUCGGCUCUAUUGCCAGACAACGGGACUUGGAGGGUCAGUCACAGCAGGUCAUGGGUCAGACCAGAUUGAAAACAUGGUGCCCGUCAAGGAUCGUAUCAUUAAAGUCACCUUCAAUGCAGACGUGCAUGCGAGUCUCCAGUGGAACUUUAGGCCUCAGCAAACGGAAAUAUAUGUAGUGCCUGGAGAGACUGCACUGGCGUUUUAUAAAGCUAAGAACCCUACUGACAAACCAGUAAUUGGGAUUUCUACAUACAACGUUGUACCAUUUGAAGCUGGACAGUAUUUCAAUAAAAUACAGUGCUUCUGUUUCGAAGAACAACGGCUUAAUCCACAAGAAGAAGUAGAUAUGCCAGUGUUUUUCUACAUCGAUCCUGAAUUUGCUGAGGAUCCAAGAAUGGUGAACGUUGAUCUCAUCACUCUUUCUUACACAUUUUUUGAAGCGAAGGAGGGUCACACGUUGCCACUUCCAGGCUAUAAUGGAAGUCAGCAACUAAGUCCUGCUUCAAGUUUGUGAUUUUUGAAAAAUCAUGUAUCUUGUCUUCUCAGAAGAGAAACAUUCUACAAUAAUAUAUUCCAUGAUACUUUAUGCUAUUUUAAAUAUGUAGUGAUUUUUUUCCCUGACAGAUUUGCCCUACUUAAAAUAGAGAACAGGUUCAUCUUUUUAUCAUAAGGAAUCCACAUGCCUAGUUAGAAUGUAUGACUGUUCAAAACCAUAUUUCGUUAAGCAGUAUUAAAAAGAAACUGCUUUGUUUCAUGAAUAUGUAGGCAUGGACUUGAUGGUUCAGCUUAAUUCAUUGGUCCCCUUCCAAAUGAUUAGAACUUCAUACUUGUUAGCAAUAAUUUUUUUAAUGCCUAGUGUUGUCUGAGGCUGUAGGUCAGAACUUCUGACUGUAUCUCUAAAACAGUUGGUUCCUACUUUCCCCCCCAUUGUACAUAGUCACUAUUUUAAAAAGUCAAAAUGGAAGAGGAAUCAUUAAGUCCUAACGGUUUGUCCAAAGAUUAUAUUUUGAUUUCAGAUGCGACUGUUUUUCCUUUAAGAUCUAGGGCAAUAUACAUUCAAAGUACUGAAUAAUUUGAAAUUUUGGUAUCAUGAAAAUGCAAAUACCUAUUAGGCUUCUAAUAUUUCAUGUGAUAGUUCCGAGUCCCCUAAUGCUGAAAUGUAAGUGUGGGAAACGUGGAGAUUCCUGACAUCAGAAGUUCCGUAAUGAACAAACUCUGUAAAAAGAUGUAUUAAUUUGUUUUAAUAGUAAUUUUUCAUUGUAAUUUAUGACAUAAAUGAAUGUAUAAUUUAU